AUGGCGUCAAACCCGUACGAGGUUGAGCACAACAUCAAGGCCUCGGCCUCCAAGCCGCACAGCCGCCGCCCCGACAUGUCCUCCUUCACCUCCCACCUGCACACCAUCUCGCCCGAGGCGGCGUCCAACUCGGCGUCGACACACCACGCCGGGCCCACGCCCGUCGACGCAGCGGCCCUGUUCCGCCUGCUGCAGGACCAGAUGGCCACGCUGGCGACGUCGGCGCCCUCGGAGGAGAACCGCGACUUCCUGUCGGGCCUGAUCGAGAUGCUCAACAGCGACGUCGACAACCCGCCCGAGCGCAUCAAGGGCGUCACCCAGGACUACCUCGACUCGCUCGACCGCGUGCCCAAGAAGAAGAUCAAGAAGGACGACAGCUGCCCCAUCUGCGCCGAGCCCUACCUGGACGACCAGUACCCCCUGAUCGUCGAGCUGCCGUGCCAUGGCGCGCACCGCUUCGACCUCGAGUGCGUGGGGCCGUGGCUGCUGAGCAAGGGAACGUGCCCGCUGUGCCGGAAGGACCUCACGGAGAAGAAGAAGGUCGAGAUACCGGUAGACGACGAAGAAGAGGACGACAUGGACGGAUUGUACGGCUAA